AUGGAUACUGACGGGAUAGGGCAAGAAGCUGUCAAUCACUUUAGUCGCCUGUUUUCAGUCGAUCCGGUAUCUGAGUUCCAGCUUCUUCAUGUGAUCCCUAAUCUGAGUGCUGAUAUUGAUAAUGUGGGUUUGGAGGCGGCUCCCUCCAUAGAGGAGGUCAAGAAGGUGAUUUUCGAGAUGGAUGGAGACAGUGCCGUAGAGCUCCCACGUUUUAUUACGGCGACGUCCAUUGUGCUUCUUCCCAAGGUCCUGAACCCGAAGGAUUUCUCUCAAUUCCGUCCUAUCAGUAUAUGGGCAGGAGGUGCAGGGGGGAAUUUGGCUCUUAAGUUGGAUAUGGUUAAGGCGUAUGAUAGGGUCUCUUGGCGAUUCCUUAUCGCAGUCUUGCGCCGAUUUGGGUUUGGAGAGGGAUUCAUUGACAUGGUGUGGAAGCUAAUUUCCAAUGUCUGGUUCUCUGAGGUGCUCUCCCGAGGCUUAGAGUCGCUUGUAUUUCAGUCGGAAUUUGUGGGCUACAAGGUCCCGCGGCAUUGCCUGUCUGUUACUCACUUGGCCUUUGCAGAUGAUGUUAUAAUUUUUGCCAAUGGAGGGGCGGCGUCCUUAAAGAGAAUCAUGCAGAUCCUGGCAUGGUACCAAAACGACUCUGGCCAAUUAGUUAAUGUGCAAAAGAGUGGCUACCUAGUCCAUCCUCUGACAACAGUGGCUCGAAAGGGUGUGAUUGAGAGGAUAACAAAGUUUCGGAAACAUGAUUUCCCGGUUCGUUAUCUGGGUGGCCCGGUGUUUGUUGGUAGAGCCAAGGAGGCUUAUUUCUCUGACUUGUGUAAUAAGAUCCUGGAUAAGGUGCUUUCUUGGAAAUCACGGCUUCUGUCGUAUGGAGGGAAAAUUGUCUUGAUUAAACUUGUCCUGUCCAGCAUCCCGACUCAUUUGUUGGCGAUGAGUGUCAUGCCAAAACGUAUCUUUCGGCACCUGUGUGAUGGUCGAUGCAACUUCUGGUAUGAUAAUUGGAUUGGGCAUGGGGCCCUCUACCUUAGAGUGGAGGUUAGGGGGGAUGUGUCGUUUUCCAACGUGCUGGCGGAUGGGGACUGGGUCACGUGGAGGUUGGCAGAAAUUUUGCCAAUCGACAUGGUCCAGCAGGUGCUGGCGGUGGCGGGACCGUGUGGAAAUUCCCCUGAUUGGAUGAUUUGGACUGCGACGAGUUCGGGUAAGUUCUCGUUGUCCUCCGCCUAUAACGAGAUCCGUGAGACGAAGCCGCCUUCUCUCUUAUUCCGGCAGGCAUGGCAUGCACAAUUGCCCUUAAAGGUGUCAUUCUUUAUGCUCCGCUUAUUGCGUAAUCGCCUGCCGCUGGAUGACGUCCUGGUGACGCGCUGGUUUCAGCUUGCUUCGAAGUGCUCUUGCUGUUGGUUAUCGAAUGUUAAGUCCCUUCGUCAUUUGUUGUUGGAGGGCGAUCUAGCGGUUGCGGUGUGGAGGUUUUUUGGGCCGACGUGUGGGUUGGCUCCGAUUGCUGGACAUGUCCGUGGUUGGAUGGGUAGUUAG